AUGCGCUUUUUGUACUUUUUUUGCUUUUUUUUAAAUGCUUUGUUAAUUAGCAAUUGGGCUUUUUGCAAAUUUAAUAACUUUGUUUGGCAUGUGGGUUUAAAUUGUUAUCCAAUUUAUUUAAUAUUGGGUUUGCACGAUUUUUAUUUCGAAAUAAUUUUUAAAUGCAAAAUAAAUGGUUUGGAAAGUAAAUAUAAGGCUAAUGUAAUUAACCAUUUAAGCGUAAAUUAUAAAGUGGAAAAGCUUAUCGUUAAUAAUGUUAUACGGUUUUCCUGUAUACGAAUAUGUAUUGUUCCAAAUGGUUUUAAAAGUAACGAAAUAAUGUAUAAAGGGUUUGGUUAUGUAACGAAUGGUAGGCAUAGCUAG